GUGAAGCGGCAAUGGCAUGAGACGCUGGUGGUGGUGUGCGCUCUGGAGCUGCUGCUGCUGCCCGACUCCCCCAACGGCCCUCGCCACUGCGUGCUGCGGUGGAUCCACGACAUGCAUCCAGCACUCUUCGCCUUCUGUGACGUGGACUUGGACACCAACCACAGCGCCUUCCUCCCGCGCUUUCAAGACAUUGUCGACCACCACCUCGCCACCUUCCAGUUUCACGAUGUCUUCCUCGGGAACGCCGACAAGCGCCUGCUCUCGGUCUUCGAGGAGAUUUACUUCGCGCGCUCUAUUAUCAACGGGAUUGCUUGUGAAGGGGAUGAGCGGGUGGUGCGGUCGGAGAGGGCGGGGCAAUGGAGGAAGCGGUUCUUCCUUUCCUUUCGGAUACUCCCGACGACGUACCAGCUGUUCGCAAUGGCCGCCGAAUUCGGAGAGGGUAACUGCAUCGGCUAUGCCGCCAGGGAUCAGUCGGGAUUCCUUUCGCCCUUCAAGUUCAACCGCAGGGAGGUGGGGCCCAAGGACGUGCGCAUCCGCAUCACGCACUGCGGCAUCUGCCACAGCGACCUGCACCAGGUCAAGAACGAAUGGGGCGGCUCGCAGUACCCCAUGGUUCCAGGACACGAGAUCGCGGGGGUGGUUGAGGCUGUGGGCUCCGAGGUGACGAAGGUGGCGGUGGGGCAGAGGGCGGGCAUCGGGUGCAUGGUGGACUCGUGCCGCACGUGCCAGCCAUGCGUGCAGCACGUGGAACAGUUCUGCCCGCAAUGCGUGUACACGUACAACAAGGUGGACCCCAAGACGGGCGAGUCAACGCAGGGCGGCUACUCCUCGUUCUACGUCUGCGACCAGGACUUCGUGCUGACAAUCCCCGACAAGCUGCCGUCCGACGUGGCGGCGCCGCUGCUGUGCGCGGGAAUCACUGUCUACUCGCCCAUGGUCUACUACGGCAUCAACCAGGCCGGCAAGCGGUUGGGAGUGGUGGGGCUGGGCGGGCUGGGGCACAUGGCGGUGAAAUUCGGCAAGGCGUUUGGCAUGCACGUGACGGUGCUGAGCACGAGUCCGAGCAAGGAGAAGGAGGCCAAGGAGGUGAUGGGUGCGGAUGAGUUCAUUGUCACCAAGGACGCCGACGCCAUGAAGGCAGCAGUGGGGACAUUGGAUGCCAUAGUGGACACUGUAUCAGCGCAGCAUGACCUGGCACCAUACCUGGACCUCCUCACAUUCAAUGGCAAGAUGAUCCUUGUUGGCGUGCCCCCAGAGCCCUACGGCCUGCAUGCUGGCCAGCUCAUUUUCGGCCGCAAGACUGUGGCUGGAAGUUUGAUUGGAGGGAUCAAGGAGACCCAGGAGAUGCUGGAGUUCUGUGCGGAGAAGGGGGUUGCACCUAUGAUUGAGAAGAUUGACAUCCAGGAUGUGAACAAGGCGUAUGAGAGAAUGUUGAAGAACGACGUGAAAUACCGCUUCGUUAUUGAGAUUGAGAAGAGCCUCAAGUAG